CUUUUAUUUUGGUGUGGCGAUAUGAUGUCAUAAGGCUGCGCUCCUGCCUCUGUGAUUGAAGAAAGUGUCCAAACACACAGAAAAACUCCUGGUGAAGCGACUGAGAUCGUGGCACACUAUUAUAAAGAUGGCGUUUAUUAAAGAGGAGAUUGAAGACAUGAAGAUUGAAGAAGUGUUCAGAGUCAAACAGGAAGACACUGAGGAACAAACAGACCUGAUGGCUCUGAAGGAGGAGAGUCAAGAACUGAAUGAAAUGGAAGAGAAAAUUCAUGUCGAGAAAGGCCAUGAUAUCAUGACUGGGGAAAAAUCAUUUAGUUACUCACAAACUCAUAAAACAGAACCUGAAAACCUUAAAGUUGAGACAAGCAUUCCCACUGGAGAGAGUCCUUUCACCUGCCAACAGUGUGAAAGAAGUUUCAAAGGGAAAAAAAACCUGGAAGUCCACAUGAGAAUUCACACUAGAGAGAAGCCUCACACCUGCAAUCUAUGUGGGGAGAGUUUCUUACUAAAACGAAACCUUAAGACUCACAUGAGAAUUCACAUUAGAGAGGGCCCUUUCACCUGCCAACAGUGUGGAAAGAGUUUCAGUCAAAAAGAAAGUCUUAAUGGCCACAUGAAAAUUCACACUGAAGAGGGCCCUUUCACCUGCCAACAGUGUGAAAAGAGUUUUGUGCGUGAAGAAAGACUUAAAGUCCACAUGAAAAUCCACAGUCAAGAGAAGCCGUUCAUAUGCUCUCAGUGUGGAAAACGAUUUACACUAAAAAAAGCCCUUGCAGCCCACUUGAAUCUUCACACCGGAGAGAAGCCUUACACCUGCCAAGAGUGUGGGAAGAGCUUCUCACAAAACGGAAAUCUGAAGACUCACAUGAGAAUUCACACUGGAGAGAAGCCGUACACAUGCUCUCAGUGUGGAAAGAGUUUUAAACGGAAUAGAGACCUCGAUGCCCACAUUAGGAAUCACACUGGAGAGAAACCUUACUCCUGCAAAGAGUGUGGGAAGAGCUUCUCACAAAAAAAAAGUGUUAAGACUCACAUGAGAAUUCACACUGGAGAGAAACCGUUUGUUUGUGAUCAGUGUGGAGAGAGUUUCAGAUAUAAACAAUGCUUUGAUCAUCACAUGAGGAUUCACUCAGGAGAGAACUGUAUUACAUGUCAUAAGUGUGCAACGAGUUUCACAGACAGGGAUCACCUUAAGAAUCAUGCAAAAAUUCACAUCAGAGAGAAGCCUUACAUGUGCCAUGACUGUGGAAAGACUUUCACAAACAGAGCAAACUUUGAGUUUCACAUGAGAAUUCACACUGGAGAGAAGCCUUUCACCUGCCCUCAGUGUGGAAAGAGCUUCACGAUGAAAGAUCAGCUUAAGAUUCACAUUAGAGUUCACACUGGAGAGAAGCCUUACAAGUGUCUUCAGUGUGGAAAGAGCUUCAAGACGAAAGGAAACCUUAAGAUGCACAUCGUAAGAGUUCACAGUGAAAAGAAGCCUUACUCCUGCAAAGUGUGUGGGAAGAGAUUCUCACAAAAAGAAAUUUUAAUGACUCACAUGAGAAUUCACACUGGAGAGAAGCCUUUCACCUGCCCUCAGUGUGGAAAGAGCUUCAUGAUGAAAGAUCAGCUUAAGGUUCAUAUGAGAGUUCACACUGGAGAAAAGCCUUUCACCUGCCAAGAGUGUGGAAAGAGCUUCACGAUGAAAGAUCAGCUUAAGAUUCACAUGAGAAUUCACACUGGAGAGAAGCCUUAUAAGUGUCUUCAGUGUGGAAAGAGCUUCACAACAAAAAAUCAGCUUAAGAUUCACAUGAGAGUUCACACUGGAGAGAAGCCUUACAAGUGUCUUAAGUGUGAAAGGAGCUUCACGACAAAAGGAAACCUUAAGAUGCACAUCAUGAGAGUUCACAGUUGAGAGAAACGUUUCACCUGCCCUCAAUGUGGAAAGAAUUUAACAGUGAAAGGAAAUCUUAAAAUUCACAUGAGAAUUCACACUGGUGAAAAGCCUUACAAGUGUCUUCAAUGUAAAAAGAGUUUCAAAUGCCACAUACACCUGAAAUGGCAUUUGCAAACUAGGAACUAAGGACUUUGGGGUGGUACUCGAUGUUUCAACUGCAGGGACCAGGGUCUAAAUGAACAAAGUAAAAAAAAUCCCACUCAGAAAGUCCCUGCUCAUGAGUUAGUACUUUUUCAAAGUUCAUUGUUCUCCUUCAUUUAUGCUGUUCGCCUGCUGUUUAUACUACACGUUACAUGACAGAAGAACAGCAACUGAAGAUGGACUUACCAGCUGUUAUGCCUCGAGUGGCAAUCCCUCGCAACCCACACCCACGGAUUUCUAAAUCUGGCAAGUCUCACCAACUUUCCGGACGAAGUUCUGAGCAUCUUUUUCCACACAAGCCUCAGCGCAGAAACUGAGGCGUGCCUGCCAGGUGUGGGUCCUCGGGGGAGUUUCGCAGAGUAUGUGGAUUGGGUGCUGGUAAACUGCGAUUCACCACUGACCAUUGGCCUCACUGAGGAGGAAGUCACCAGCCCCGCUCCUUAUCCAGAGUUCAGCCUGCCUUCACCCAUCUACAUGGACAACAAGCUAGAGCAGAUGGAGGUAUUUAGCCUGAUGCGCGGAACGUGCCUGAGAUGACGAAAGGGACUGAGCUUUACAUCGCCUCAGAGCCGCUUAGAUUUUCUGACCAGGUGUGUGAGCUGGCAACACCGUGCGCCAUCAUGGGAGUCCUCGUAGAGUUCGAGGGGAUGGAGUGGAGCCCCACCAACACUCACACCACAGAGGAUAAGCAAGCGCUGAACUAUUUAUUUUUUUAAAGAGAACCGUUUUGAAGAGGAUGAUUCCCUGCCCCCACUGGUUCCAUCCAGCAAAAGUCCUCCAGAGUCUGUGCUGGGUCCGUCCAGCAAAAGUUCUGUGUUUCCAAUGUUCCCUCCUAGCCUCCCUCUCCCACCUCCUCUUCAGACUUCAUCCAGUUCCUCUGCCCAGUCCCCACUGUCUCCCACCAGCCCUCUGUGGUGUGGAUCCACCUCGGGUCAUCCGGAUCCCUCGGGAUACUUUGAUCCCUUGGCUCUACCUUCUGCCUCUGAUCCAGUCACUCCACCUCGGCUCGUCGUCCAGACUCCUCUGCCCUUGCUCCUCCCCCCCUCAGCUUCACCUGGGACCAUCAGCCAUCUGGCUCCACUGGGCUCCCUCAACCCUCCGGCUCCACCUUGGUCGGACGUCACCACGCCUUCACCACAAACUUACAAGCCGUCUGCUGUGCGUUGUCUUUCCAACCUUUUCCAACCACUGAAGCCUGCAAUAUCGUGCCUGGUCAUCGGCCAUCCAUCUGCGCUCUGGGCUCCAUCUCUACCGGCUCCAUCUCCAUCCGUCAUCCCCAUGGCCUCGUCGAAGAGAUUUACACCAUGGCUUCUCCCUCCGUCGACUCCGCCAUGAGGCAUCAUCCUGGCUGGACUCUGGAUUUUCCACCAGCUCAUCCUGCUCCUGGUCUCCCCCUGGCUCCUCCCACUCUCCACUCCGACAUUGUUUUCUGAUUCCCUGGACUAUUUUUUUGUUUGGUUUCAGUUCUUCAGUUCUUCGCCCUCCUCCAGAACCCCCACCUUCCCUCCUCAUUUGGACUCUUACGGCGCGAGGAUGUGCCUCCCCAGGAGGGGGUGAACUGUAACAUAUGUUUUGUCCCAUUAUCUGACCUAGUUUUCCUGAGUUGUCUAAUUAGUAAUUACCUUCACCUGUGUCCUGUUUAUCACCUUGUUGAGAUCCUUUUCUCGUCCAUUCCUCAUCCAUUCUCAUCAAUGUUAGAUGUGUUGGUGUGAGUAUCCUGAGUUUUGUCAUUAAAUCCUGUUAUCAUUG